AUGGGGCCUUGUCAAGUAGUUGGGCAUACAUAUCCGAAAACUCAAUUUGGCAAUCAACUAAGAAGUUUUCAAGAUGUGUGGUAUCAAAAGUUUGUGUGGCUAGAGUAUAGUGUAGCAAAAGAUGCUUGUUUUUGCUUUUGGUGUUACAUUUUCAAGCACCCAGAUAAAACGGGUCGGUAUGGAGCAGAUGCGUUUACCAAAACGGGCUUUACCAAUUGGAAAAAAGCGUUAAUCAAAUUUGCAGAGCACGUUGGAGAUGCAGAUAGCUGUCACAACAAUGCUAGAAUACAAAUUGAAGCAUUUAAAAAUCAAAGAGGGAGUGUGGCUAAUAUGUUUAGAUCAAAUGCUAUUGAGGUGAACAUUGCUUAUCGUGCUCGGUUGACCGCUUCAUUGGAUGUUACUCGUUUUUUGUUGAAGCAAGGAUUGGCUUUUCGUGGACAUGACGAGUCAUCUAGUUCUUCAAAUCGAGGUAAUUUCCUUGAGCUAAUUCAAUGGUAUAGUGAUCAUAAUGAUAUUGUUUCCAAGGUUUUGGGUGAACAUGCUCCUGGUAAUAAUCAAAUGACUUGUCCAAAAGUUCAAAAAGAGUUAGCACAUGCUUGUGCUUUAGAGGUCACACUUGCGAUAAUUAAUGAUCUUGGAGAUAAAGUGUUCACCAUUUUGGUUGAUGAGGCUCGAGAUAUUUCAAUGAAAGAGCAAAUGGGUGUCGUUUUACGAUAUGUGAAUAAUGAAGGAUGUGUGGUUGAAAGAUUUAUUGGAAUUGUUCAUGUUGCUGACACUUGUUCACAUUCUUUGAAGCAUGCUAUAGAUGAUUUAUUUGUGAAACAUGGUUGUUGA